AUGGCUGGUUUCCAAUUGCAAAUGACUUGGCAAACGAGUUUGUUGUUGAAGAAACGAAAGAACGGUCCUCCAUUAGGGUUCAAGAAUCUCGAUAAUACCUGCUACCUCAACGCCGUUCUCCAGUGCGUAACCUAUAUUCCUCCCCUCGCCAAUUUCUGUCUCCGACUUCAACACUCCGAAAACUGCGAGUUCCUAGCGCAGCAGGACAAGAAGAUUGAUUGUUCGUUUUGUCUACUGGAGAAGAAAAUUGUUCGAUCUUUUAGCAUCGACUCAACCCUAGAUACACCUGGUAAGAUCAUUGGGGGAUUGAACGUCUUUGCUGAGCAUUUUCGUUUAGGGAGGCAAGAGGAUGCACACGAAUUCCUUCGUUGCUUGACUGCUUUUGUGCCUUUAUCUGAUGGGUGUGUGAGAAGAACGGAAUUCAACUAUGGAAUUAAGGAAGAAAAACAUGGAUUCAUUGAAGGUUAUGUCCCUAUCAGUUAUCUUUCUGCAUUUCUUCAAUCUCAAAGUCCAACUCUGGAAUCUGAAUUGGAUGAUUCAACACUUUUGACUUUUGACUUUUUUGGAUAG